UUCAUAUGACUGCGUGGAGAAAGGGACCACUGCAAGCCACUCUCUGACCAAGCCUUCUCUGCUGCUGAGUAGAAAAACACAAAUGUCAACUUCCCCACCAACCACUUGUGAUUGGAUGCUGCUGGUUGAACAGAAGAAUAUAAAUGUUCGGGUUACGACCAUGGAUGCUGAGCUGGAGUUCGCCAUCCUGCCCAGCACCACCGGCAAGCAGCUCUUUGAUCAGAUUGUGAAAACUAUUGGACUGAGGGAAACCUGGUUCUUUGGACUCCAGUACCAGGACAGCAAAGGCUUCUCCACCUGGCUCAAGCUGACCAAGAGGGUGACCGCCCAAGACGUGAAGAGGCACAAUCCUCUGCUGAUCAAGUUCAGGGCCAAGUUCUACCCCGAGGAUGUCGCCGAAGAACUGAUCCAGGAGGCCACGCAGCGGCUCUUCUUCCUGCAGGUGAAAGAGAGCAUCCUGAAUGACGACAUCUACUGCCCGCCUGAGACGGCGGUGCUGCUGGCCUCCUACGCGGUCCAGGUCAAACACGGGGAGUACAAGGAGGACUACCACGUCCCGGGAUACCUGUCCAAAGAGAAGCUGCUGCCGCAAAGGGUCUUAGAGCAGCACAAGCUGAAUAAGGAUGAGUGGGAGGAAAGAAUCCAGGUGUGGCAUGGAGAGCACAAGGGAAUUCUGAGGGAGGAUGCCAUGGUGGAGUACCUGAAGAUGGCUCAGGAUCUGGAGAUGUAUGGAGUCAAUUACUUCAGCAUCAAAAACAAGAAAGGUUCGGAGCUGUGGUUGGGAGUGGACGCUCUGGGCCUCAACAUCUACGACAAGGCGGACAAGUUGACGCCGAAAAUCGGCUUCCCGUGGAGCGAGAUACGAAACAUCUCUUUCAACGACAAGAAGUUUGUCAUCAAGCCGAUCGACAAGAAAUCCCCGGACUUUGUUUUCUACGUACCUCGCCUGCGCAUCAACAAACGAAUCCUGGCCUUGUGUAUGGGCAACCAUGACCUGUACAUGCGCAGACGCAAGCCCGACACCAUUGAGGUGCAGCAGAUGAAGGCCCAGGCCAGAGAGGAGAAGAACAAGAGGCAGAUGGAGAGGGCGCUGCUCGAGAGCGAGAAAAAAAAGCGACAAAACGCCGAGAAGGAAACAGAGAAGAUUGCUCGCGAGACCAUGGAGCUGAUGGAGAGAUUGAGACAGAUUGAGGAGCAGACAAAAAGAGCCCAGGACGAGCUGGAGGAGCAGACUCGCAGGGCUCUGGAGCUGGAGAAGGAGAGGACCAUCGCGCAGGAGGAAGCCGAGAGCCUGGACAAGGACCGCAGAGCUGCCAUGGAGGCCAAGGCUGCGCUGCUGCAACGCUCAGAGAGCCAGAUGAAGAGCCAAGAGAGCCUGGCCACUGAGCUGGCGGAGCUUACCUCUAAGAUCUCGCAGCUGGAAGACGCCAAGAAGAAAAAGGACGAGGAGGCGAAGAGAUGGCAGAAAAGGGCUCUGAUGGUAGAGGCUGAUUUGGAGCGAACCAAAGAGGAACUGAAGACUAAACUCAUGGGUGUCCACAUCCAGGAUUCAGUCCACUCUCAUAUGCACGAUCACGACGAGACAGAUGAGAGCAGCGCCGAGGCCAGCGCCGAGCUGACGUCUCCCGGGAUGGUCCGAGACCGCAGCGAGGAGGAGAGAGUGACCGAGGCCCAGAAGAACCAGAGGCUGCAGAAAAACCUGAAGUUCCUGUGCGCUGAGCUGGCGGAAGCGGCAGACGAGAGCAAGAAGACCCCCAACGACCUCAUCCACGCUGAGAACAUGAGGGCGGGCCGCGACAAAUACAAGACCCUGCGGCAGAUUCGCCAGGGCAACACCAAGCAGCGCAUUGAUGAGUUUGAGUCCAUGUGAGGUGGUCGGCGGUCCGCCGGCGCAGGAUGGUAGAGCCACAUAACUCGAUCAAUGGGGUUGGAUUUAGACAACUAGGAGCUGAUUUGUAUGAGGAUUGAAUUACAGAAGAACUAGAGAACACAUUUAUCAGCUGCUGAACAUGGUCCCUGAAAGGUCCGUUGAUUCAUGGGCAUGUCUACAAUACUAUCAGCAUCUUACACCUGUAAUUUCUAAAAUCGUUUCUCCAA